AUGCUUUCAUCUCUCUUGAAAACCUCUUCUUUCAUUAUUCAAAGAACUACACCAUUUGCUCGCAGAGCAUUUAGCACACAAUUCCCUGCUUUGCAACGAGUCGCUGGUGUAGAGACUGUCAAGAACUACAUUAACGGUAAAUUCACAGAGUCUAAGACUGAUAAAUGGAUCGAAUUACACAAUCCCGCCACUCAAGAUUUGAUCGGUUAUGUUCCUGAAACUACUCCUGAGGAAUUGAAGGAAGCAACUGAUUCUGCUGCUGCUGCUGCCAAAGAAUGGAAAAAGACAACUGUAUUGGCCCGUCAAAGAGUCAUGAUGGAUUUGCAGUAUUUGAUUCGUAGGGACCAAGAUGCCAUUGCCGAGAACAUUGUUCAGGAACAAGGCAAAACAUUUGCUGAUGCCAAGGGCGAUGUUUUCCGUGGCUUACAAGUGGUUGAACAAGCUUGUGCUCUCACCAACAUGUUGAUGGGCGAGAAGCUGACUGUAGCCAAAGAUAUGGAAACAUACAUGUAUCGCGAACCUUUGGGCGUCGUUGCUGGUAUCUGUCCAUUCAACUUCCCUGCCAUGAUUCCGUUGUGGAUGUUCCCUCUCGCUAUUGCUGCUGGUAACUCUAUUGUCAUGAAGCCCUCUGAACGUGAUCCCGGAGCCAUGAUGAUGUUGGCCAAGCUGGCUGCUGAGGCUGGUGUCCCUGACGGUGUUUUGAACAUUGUCCAUGGCUCUGUGGAUUGUGUCAACUAUAUUUGUGAUGAACCUCAAAUCAAGGCUAUUUCAUUUGUUGGUUCUGACAAGGCUGGUGAACACAUUUACACUCGCGGCAAUGCCAAUGGUAAGAGAGUGCAAGCCAAUUUGGGUGCCAAGAACCACGCUGUUCUCUUGCCUGAUGCCAACAAGCAAUCUGCCUUGAACGCUAUUGCUGGUGCAGCAUUUGGUGCUGCUGGUCAACGUUGUAUGGCUCUUAGCACUUUGAUCUGUGUUGGUGAAACCAAGGAUUGGUUGCCAGAUUUGGCUCAACGUGCCCGUGAACUCAAGGUGGGCUACGGUAUGGAGCCUGACACAGACGUUGGUCCUCUUAUCACUGUGCAAUCUAAGCAACGUGUGGAGCGUCUCAUCCAAAGCGGUGUUGACGAGGGAGCUGAUUUGAUGUUGGAUGGCCGUGGUGUUGUUGUAAAGGGCUUUGAGAAGGGUAACUUUGUUGGCCCAUCUUUAUUGACUAAUGUCAAGACUAGCAUGGAAUGCUACCGUGAAGAAAUCUUUGGUCCUGUCCUGGUCUGUUUGAAUGUUGACACCUUGGAUGAAGCCAUUGAGUUGAUUAAUAACAACCCCUACGGUAACGGUACUGCUGUCUUUACUAAUUCUGGCCCCAGUGCUCGUAAGUUUGAGCACGAAAUUGACGUUGGUCAAGUUGGUAUCAAUGUGCCUAUUCCCGUUCCUGUUCCUCCUUUCUCUUUCACCGGUAGUCGUGGAUCCAUCUUGGGUGACAUGAACUUUUACGGUAAAAGUGGUCUUCACUUUUAUACCAAACCCAAGACUGUCACUUCAUUAUGGAAGGAAAGUGAUUCUGAGCACACUCGCGCUGCUGUUUCUAUGCCCACUAUGCAUUAA